AAGACAUAAUCCACUUAAUAUCCUCAAUUUUCUACACUAAUCAUUUCAUAUAUAUUAAGACCCCGCGUAUUCUUGAUAUUUAUGUAAAACAAGCGAUUUGUACAACUGCCAAAACCAGUUAAUUAUGGAGAACAUAAUCUUAAUUGCUUCUGUUUUCUGUCUUAUUAUAGUGGUUCAUGGAAUGGAAAACAUUUUGGCUGAUGACAUUGCUAAUCGUUGGAAUCUUGAUGAAUUUGAAUUUGAUGAAGGUGGUGAGGUAGACGAUCCUCUGUUCUGGAGAAGUGAACGUGGUAGCAAGAUUCUUGUGAAUGUUGAUAGCUUAGGUGCAGUUGGAGACGGAAUUGCAGAUGAUACUCAGGCUUUUGUGAAUGCAUGGAAGCAAGUCUGCUCUACACCGAAAUCUGUCCUCUUGGUACCCAAAGGAGGCCGGUACCUUGUUAAUGCAACUAGGUUUAAAGGGCCUUGUGCUGAUAAGUUGAUAAUUCAGAUUGAUGGAACAAUUGUAGCACCAGACGAACCUAAGGACUGGGAUCCAAAGAGUCCACGAAACUGGAUUGUUUUUUCAAAUCUGAAGGCUGUUUUUUUCCAAGGAAGUGGAACUAUCGAUGGCUCAGGCAGCAAAUGGUGGGAAGAAUCCUGCAAAAAGAACAAGACGAAUCCUUGCAAAGGAGCACCAAGUGCAUUUACUAUCGAUUCAAGCUCAGCGGUUAGGGUGAAAGGCCUUACUUUUCAACACAGUCAGCAAAUGAACUUUGUCAUUUCUCGUUGUGAAGCUGUUCGUGUGUACAACGUACUUGUAAGUUCACCAGAGGACAGUCCCAACACUGAUGGAAUCCAUAUCACCGGGUCAACGAAUGUCAUUAUCCAGAAUACUAAAAUUGGAACAGGCGAUGACUGCAUUUCAAUUGUCAAUGGUAGCUCAAAUAUCAAGAUGAAGAUGAUCUCUUGCGGACCUGGUCAUGGAAUUAGCAUUGGAAGCCUCGGGAAGGACAACUCGACAGGCAUAGUUUCACAGGUAGUCGUAGACAAUGCAUUUCUUCGAGGGACUACAAAUGGUCUCAGAAUCAAGACUUGGCAGAGUGGAUCAGGUUAUGUUAGGUCAAUACGCUACCAAAACGUAAGGAUGGAGGAUGUGGCCAACCCCAUCAUAAUUGAUCAAUUCUACUGUGAUUCUCCAAAAUCUUGUGAUCAAAGCCAGACAUCAGCUAUUGAAAUAAGCCAAAUCAUGUACCGGAACAUAAGUGGAACUUCAAAGAGUGCAAAGGCCAUGAAUUUUGCAUGCAGCGACGCAGUUCCUUGCAGCCACAUUGUCCUGAACAACAUCAACUUAGAGAGGCUAGAUGGCACUGCAGAAACUUACUGCCAUGCGGUGACAGGCUUUCGCUAUGGAUAUGUGCUGCCUUCGGCUGAAUGCCUCUCUUCAUCUGACAAAGAGCCGAUUAUCACAUGUGAUCAAGAGGCCGAAUUUAAGAAGCAUCAUAGUAGAGAGCAACUCAUACACACUGAGCUCUGACAUGUUUUCUAGACUGCUGCAUACCUUAAAAGUGAUUAUACACUAGAUUAAAGUUUUCAUAGAUCAUGCAAUUUGAUAUAUGAUUUUGUUAAUCCAUCAUUGGGAGUGCGGUUAUAUGUAACAUAUGAUUAACUUGAAGCAAUAUAGUUUUAAUGAGAUUGUAUGUAAUAUGGUUUUGAAUAAAAUCUUUAAUGUGUUAUAGUA